AUGAAAUUCUCGCUGCCAAAGAAACCUCACUUGAAGCCGAAACCUGAAUCCCACUUUCAGAAUGGGGCCCCCGGAGACCACAGCUCGCAAACCGAGAUCGCCCCAACAGGCGAGACUGUGGUGGAUACGCCCAUCCCGCUCUUGACCUGGCGAUCCUUUGUGAUGGGCAUCUUCGUUUCCAUGGGCGGAUUCUGCUUCGGUUACGAUACGGGUCAGAUCUCUGGGUUUCUCGAAAUGAAGGAUUUCCUCCAGCGUUAUGGCGAGCUUAACUCGGAGGGGACCUAUUACUUCUCCAAUGCCCGUUCUGGGCUUAUUGUGGCUUUGCUUUCCAUUGGCACGCUGAUCGGUGCGCUUAUUGCGGCUCCCAUCGCCGAUCGAGUCGGCCGAAAGUGGUCAAUCACCGGGUGGUGUCUCAUGCUCUGCGUGGGCAUCACCAUCCAAAUCAGCGCGCCGACUGGAAAGUGGUACCAGGUAGCCAUGGGGCGAUGGGUUGCCGGCUUAGGCGUAGGUGCCCUUUCACUCCUUGUGCCCAUGUACCAAGCCGAGUCUGGUCCGAGGCAUAUUCGUGGAUCACUGGUCAGCACGUACCAAUUGUUCAUUACUCUGGGCAUCUUCGUCGCAAACUGCAUCAACUUCGGGACGGAAGCCCGGAGUGACACUGGAUCCUGGCGCAUCCCUAUGGGUAUCACCUACCUCUGGGCAAUUAUUCUCGGUGCCGGCAUGGCGCUCUUCCCCGAGAGUCCGCGGUAUGAUUUCCGACAUGGGAAAGUGGACAAGGCAAUCUCUACCAUAUCCAAGAUGUAUGGCGUCCCCAAGAACCACCGCGCCCUCAUCUUAGAGUUCGACGAAAUCCAGCAGAAAUACCAAGAGGAGCAGGAACGCGGCCAGGUAACCUGGGUCCGUCUGUUCCGAGCACCACGCAUGGGGUAUCGUGUUGCGGUUGGAGUCGCCCUGCAAGCGCUGCAGCAACUCACCGGGGCGAACUACUUCUUCUACUACGGUACCACCAUCUUCAAAGGGGCCGGCAUUCCGAACAGCUAUGUCACCCAGAUGAUUCUCGGCGGCGUGAAUUUUGGCUGCACGUUCUUGGGCCUGUACCUGAUUGAGAACUACGGUCGUCGUCGCUCGCUGAUUGCCGGCGCCUUGUGGAUGUUCAUCUGCUUUAUGAUCUUCGCGUCUGUCGGCCACUUCCUCCUCGACCGCGAGAAUCCCGAACGGACCAAGACCCCGGGCGUGGUCAUGGUCGUCUUUGCGUGUCUCUUCAUCCUCGGCUUCGCCAGUACAUGGGGGCCGAUGGUGUGGACCAUCAUUGCCGAGUUGUAUCCAUCCGAGUACCGAGCCCGUGCGAUGUCCCUGGCGACUGCGUCGAACUGGCUGUGGAACUUCCUCUUGGCGUUCUUCACGCCCUUCAUCACUAGCGCCAUUGAUUUCCGGCUAGGGUAUGUCUUUGCAGGGUGUCUGUUCCUUGCGGCUGGGCUUGUGUAUGUUGCGGUGAUUGAAGGUCGUGGGCGCACCCUGGAGGAGAUUGACACCAUGUAUGUCAUGAAGGUGCCCCCGUGGAAGAGCUCCAAGUUUGUGUUCCCAGAGACGGCUUUCCCCCACCACAGAGAGUCGGCUGAGAAAGAUCGGGUUGCUCAUAUUGAUCGGAACGGGAAUGGGCGGGAAGGGCCUGCUACGGAGAGCGUGUAA